GGUAGCCUCCCCACAUCGCCACUGCAUAGGGGGUUGCAUUGGGGAGUAAUAUGCCUUUCCAGUCACCUACAAGGCAUGAAUAGGGGCCAACUUUGGUGAAUUCUUUGAAGAAUUUUUCUUUGCAUAGUUCUCUGCGGCAACCGGCGUUUGAUCUUAUUACAACAAUUAUAAUUUCCGACACUUCUGCUCUGAUAUCUCUUCAGCAGAGGAGUUGCGCUCUGCAUAGAAGUAAAUUCAGUACCCAUGGUUAUUUCAUUGAUGAGGAAGAUGAGCUCAUUUUAUCUGAAGAUACGGAAGAAAAGGAUAACACUUGCUGGACUGAAUUUAACAUGUUGAGCAAGCUCGCUUCAUCUGAAUGCACUUGUUGGUCAUGCGUUCCAAUGUUAUGGAUUGAUUCUUUGAUUGAUGUGGGCCCUGCAACUCUCCCUAUAACAUUUUCAAAGGCUCUUUUCUGGGCUUUGUCACGUUUAUCUGUGCUGGAAUUGAACUUUAGUUUGGAUAUGUCACUCUCAACUCGGGACUGGUUGUCCAUAUAUGCAAGUGAGAUCUCUUCAUCAUUUGGGUGGCAGAUUCCAACUGGUUUUGAUGACGGCGGGGAAGGGAAGGAGUCGAGAAACUCCAUCAGGGCAUCAUCUAUGUGCAUUCCAUUGUUACGGACAUUGAAGAGGCUUUCUGCUGAAUUCAUCUUGCAACUGGAAAAACUUGAACUUCAAAAACAAUGGACAUGGGAACCAAAAAUGGCUGAGAGCUUGAUACUUACGCUUGCAAACCAUGAUGAUGUUGUGAGGAAAGCUGGUAAAAUUAUAUUGGAGUAUUUGUCCAGUGAGCGUCUCUUGACUUCUGGACUCCAGUUUCUUUGUUCCACUGCUUCUUCUCUGUCUGCCAUUCUUGCGGGUUUGAGAUUCAUUUUUAAACAGCAUUCUAUGGCAGUCUUACCUUGUAAAGCUUGUGGACUCCUUUUUUGGGCUUCAUUAAUCAGUAAUUGGUUUAUGAUCAAUUUUCCUUUUAAAGAAACUUUACCAAUAGAAGAAAGAGCUGAUAAGUUUCAUGUUUAUGUUCUUUUGUUUUUGAGUCUGGUUGUUAUUUGGAGGAACUUGCCAAGAGAAGAAAGAGUUGAAUACAUUACAUCUUGGCUGCAAACAGCAAGCGAGUGGCGAGAUGGUGAUGUGUGGAUGUGA